GAUAAGAAAAAGAACAAAACACCAAUAAAAAAUCGUAUAACCGUGACCAUAAGUGAAGAAAAUGAAAAUGGUGAAAGCGAAGGGUUUGUAGAUGAUGGGACUAGUGAAGAAAAUGAAAAUAAUGAAAGCGAAGG